AUGGUGGUGAUUUUAGUUUAUGUGGAUGAUCUUCUGAUAACUGGUGACAAUGCAGACAUGAUAAGUGCAGCAAAAAUCACUAGAAAAUACACCUUGGGGCUUAUAUCAGACCAAGGACUUGCUGGUGCUAAAUCGGCUUCUACUCUAUUAGAGACUAAUAUUAAGCUAACUUCUGUUGAGGUAGAUGAAGCAGCAGGUGUUAGAGGAGAUGUUGUUCGAAGGGAUGUAACAUCAUAUCAAAGGCUUGUUGGAAAGUUUAUGUACGCAACAAUAACAAGACCUGACAUCAGCUAUGCAGUGCAGACCUUAAGUCAAUUCAUGAAACAACCUAAAAAAUCUCAUUUGGAAGCUGCAAAUAGAGUGAUAAAAUAUCUAAAAGGAACUGUAAGACAAGGUAUAUGGCCCAGGGAACAUCCUACUGCAAAACUGGUUUGCUGGUGUGCUGCAUGUCCAAACACUAGGAGGUCUGUUACUGGUUAUGUGGUGCAAUUCGGUAGCUCACUGAUAUCCUGGAAGUCUAAGAAGUAG